AUGCCGGCGCCUUCCUCUUGGCUCGCCGUCGCCGGCCGCAGCGCCCCUCCACGGCUCCUAAUCCUCCUGCUCGUUCCCGGCCGCCGUACCGAGCUCCCAAUCCCCAUCUGCCUCACACACUCCCUGGUCGGUAACCACCUGUCUCCACCAGUCAACAUAAGUUAUGCUUAUGCCCCACCACAGAUGUACAAUUCCGGCUAUGGGUCGCCCAGCCCGCAUGCCGGUCCUUCAUACAUCUCCAACUCUGGGUACGGAUCGUCGUCGGGCUACUACCUGGGCUCGUCCAGCCAGCAUCGGUCUUCGGCGUACCUGAGACGCUGCGGGGAGUCGGGGCCGAGCCUGUCCACCAUGGCUCCUCAGUCACCACAGCAGCGGCAGUCCCAGCUGCUGCGGCACGGCGGCGAGUCGGACGCGAGCCUGAACCUGGCCCAGUCCUUCCGGCAGUCCUACCUGAGGCACUGCGGCGACUCGGACGCGAGCCUGUCUGCCAUGGCGUCGUCGGGGCAGUCGCUACCGGGAUGUUGA